UCGAUAUUGUUGCCUUUCCACGUGCAUUUCCCUACACGCUUUUUUACUUUAAAAAUUCUUUAUCAACGGGUUUUCUUUAAUAUUUUCAAUAAAACGUAGCAAAUUUUUACCCAACAAAUAUGGGACGUAAAGCAGAAUAUAAUGAAAAACCUAAAAAGGGACCUGGACGUAAGGCUCGCAAACAAGGAGCGCCAACAUUUACCAAGAAAACAUUCGCUCCCAUGGAAGCUGAAGAGAAAAAGUUGACACAUCGUCAGAAGCAGCGUGUGGCCAAGAGGGUACAAAAUAAGGCUAUUAUUAAACAAAAACAGAAGCUGUCCAAGGAAAAGAAACAGAAUAAACAAAAGCAAAAGGAAUACCAUAGUGAUAGUGAAGAAGAGGAUGAGUUAAUGGAUGGAAGUAAUGGUGCGGCAGAGGAACAAGAUUCUGAAGAGGAGUUAAGUGAUGCUGAAGAAGAGGUGGUGGUUAAGAAGACCAAAGGUUUUACCGACGAUAAUCAGGAAUGGUUAAAACCAAAAGAUAAGAAAAAGGCAGGAAAGCAAUUAAUAGAAGAGGAAGCUGAAGAUGAUGAUGAAGAGGAGGAAGAUGAUGAUGAAGAAGAUGAAGUUGAAGAUGAUGAUGAAGAGGAGGUGGAAGAAGAAGAGGAAGCUGUAGAUGAUGAUGAAGAAGAGGAAGAUGAUGAAGAUUUAGAAGCCUCUGAUGACGAUGAAGCUGCUGUUAAAUUAGGCAAAUUAGAUGAUCUUUCUGACGAUGAGGAUGCUAAUUCUGAUGAUGAUUUUGAUGUUUCCGAUGGCGAAGAUGAUGAUGACGAUGAAGAAGAUGACGACGAUGAUGAGGACGAUGAAGAUUUACUGCCAAUUGAGAAACAGAAUAAGAAACUGAAAAAACGUGAAGCCAAAGAAGCUAAAUUGGCCGCCGAAGAAAUGCAAAUGUCCGUUGACCAACAAGAUAUUUUCCAAUUCCCCGUAGAGGAUGACGAACAACCAGAAUUAACAAUCCAAGAUGUACAGCAACGUAUUAAGGAUGUCACAUUAGUGUUGUCUGAUUUCAAUAAAUAUCGUGACCCCGAGCGUCCCCGCAGUGAUUACAUGGAUCUAUUGAAAAAAGAUUUGUGUCUGUACUACAGUUACAAUGACUUUUUAAUGGGCAAACUUAUGGACAUGUUUCCAUUGUCAGAACUCAUGGAAUAUUUGGAAGCUUCCGAGGUUGCACGUCCCCUCACCAUCAGAACGAACACCUUAAAGACCAGAAGAAGGGAUUUGGCAGCUGCCUUGAUUAACAGAGGUGUUAAUCUCGAUCCUUUGGGCAAAUGGACUAAAGUUGGUUUGGUCAUCUACAACUCCCAGGUACCCUUGGGUGCUACCCCUGAAUAUUUGGCUGGUCAUUAUAUGAUUCAAGGUGCCUCCUCUAUGCUACCAGUUAUGGCUUUGGCGCCUCAUGAAAAUGAAAGAAUUUUGGAUAUGUGCUCGGCUCCCGGAGGUAAGGGUUCUCAUAUUGGUGCCAUUAUGAAAAACACUGGUGUGUUAUUUGCCAAUGACUUCAACAAGGAUCGUGUUAAGGCCGUUGUAGCCAACUUCCAUCGUUUGGGCAUAGUAAACUCCAUUGUUUCUUGUGAGGAUGGUAACAAAUUCAGGCAGGUUAUGACUGGAUUCGAUAGAGUUCUUUUAGAUGCUCCAUGCACGGGCACAGGUGUAGUUUCAAAAGAUCCCAGUGUCAAGACAUCAAAGUCAUCGGUAGAUGUACAAAGAUGCUAUAAUUUGCAACGCAAACUUUUACUAACAGCCAUUGAUUGCACGGAUGCCAAGUCUUCUACUGGAGGUUACAUUGUGUACUCCACCUGUUCCGUUUUACCAGAGGAAAACGAAUGGGUUAUUGAUUAUGUGCUGAAGAAGAGAAACGUCAAACUGGUGCCCACUGGUUUGGACUUUGGUGUAGAAGGUUUCACUAAGUACAGGCAAUACAGAUUCCAUCCUUCCUUGAACUUGACCAAACGUUAUUAUCCUCAUACUCACAACAUGGAUGGUUUCUUUGUAGCCAAAUUGAAAAAGUUCUCCAACACAAUACCCGUAAGCAAAGAACAACAGGAAGAAGAUGAGAAGCAAUUAGAUGAAGGUAUCAAUACCGCCGAUGAAGUUCCUGCUGAAAAUGAAGGCGAAGACGAAAUUGGUGGCGAUGAUCCUAAGGGACGUAAGAAACUGGGCAAACGUGCUGGCAAACCAACUUUAAGCACUUUUGAAUUGGAUGCUAAAAAGAGAAAAAUUGAACAAGCCAAAACCAAGUAUAUAGCCAAGGUAUUCGAAGCACCCGUCAAGGUGGAAAAGAAGAAAAAGGAACCCGAAAUGGAUGUGGAUGAAGCUCCCAAAAAGCCAGCUGACAAUAAAGUAUCCGAUAAAGCAAACAAACAAGAGAAGGCAAAGUCACAAGAAACACAACAGCAAACAGAAAAGCCACAAAUUCCCAAUAGAAAACAAAAAAAGUUUGAGAAGAAACAGGAAACUCCUGUAGCUGUGGAAAAACAAACACCUGCAGCUGAAAAGCAAGUAACUGCCAACAAGAAUCUGAAAAAGUUUGGCAAGAAACAGGAAACUCCUGUAGCUGUGGAAAAACAAACUCCUGUAGCUGUGGAAAAGCAAGUAACUGCCAACAAGAAUCAGAAAAAGUUUGGCAAGAAACAGGAAACUCCUGUAGUUGUGGAAAAACAAACACCUGCAGCUGAAAAGCAAGAAACUGCCAACAAGAAUCAGAAAAAGUUUGGUAAGAAACAGGCAAAACCACAAGGAGUUGAGAAACAAACAACAGCAACAGAAGUUAAACCCCAAGCGAACGCCAAUGGUGAAAAGCAACAAAAGAAAUUCGACAAGAAAGCAAAUAAGCCACAAACACCAACUGCAGAAGUUAAACCUAAAGCGAACGCUAAUGGUGAAAAGCAACAAAAGAAAUUCGACAAGAAAGCAAAUAAACCACAAACAACAGCUGCUGAAGAGAAACCGAAAGUAACUGAUGAAAAGCCACAAACUCCUAAAGAACUUACGGACAAGAAACAACAAAAGAAAUCAGAUAAACCACAACCCACAAACGGUCAGGCAAAACCACAACAACAACAACCCAAUAAGAAAUUUGCCAAGCUACAGAAAUCUUUAAAUAACUCCCAAGAUAUGGAUGCUAUUGCACCGCUCUUAGAAGGUAAACCCAUUAAAAAGCAAAAUCAAAAUAAACAAAAGUCUAAACAAAUUGGUAAAUUGAAACAGAAUAAAAAUAAAAAACAGAAGUAAAUAGAAAUGCUGGUUUUGUAGGCACCCAGAGAAAUUUUAUCAAUAUUUCUUAACGUCUUGUUUAUUAUAAAUAAUAAAAUCAUAUAGUUUUAUUUUAAUAACUUUUUAUAUUAAGUUUAAAGAAAACAAAAAAAAAUAAUAAAAUGUAAGUACCUUCUUUUGCAAAAAAGGUAUGAAAAUAAAAAUUGUUGAAAAACUAAAAAUAA